GUUUGUUACCGCAAGAAAACUUUAUUGGAAGUACUCGGUGUAACUUUGGUGAACUCUAUGUGGUCGUCGAGCUCUGUGAUAAUGGUAACCUCAAAGAGUAUCUCUUGAAGCAUAAGAAUAAAUUCAUUAAUGAAUUGAAACAAACUCAAUUGCCUGAUGACGGUUACCUUCGACCUGAUUCCAGUAUCAAGAGCCAUUAUAUUCCGGAUUGGUCAAAUGACAUGGAAUCGGAUCGUUUGCUUUCUGAUAGUGCCAUGUUGGCUACCAGUGAUUUAAUUUCGUUCGCAAUGCAAGUUGCAAAUGGAAUGGAAUAUUUGUCAUCGAUACCGUGUAUCCAUCGAGAUUUGGCUGCUAGAAAUGUGUUACUGACUAGGAAACGAAUUUGCCGCAUAGCGGACUUUGGUAUGGCGAAGAACGAGAACAAGAACUAUUACAGUUCUAUUGCAACAAAAAAGUUUUCCUACAGAAACGUGCUGGUACCGUAUCGCUGGAUGGCCAUCGAAGCGAUCCAGGACGGUGUGUAUACACUAGAAUCCGACAUAUGGUCAUUUGGUAUUCUUCUGUACGAGAUCUUCACGCUCGGUGGUUUACCUUACCCCACUAUCUCGAAUGAAGACCUCCUGCCGAAACUACUCGAUGGAUACAGGAACUCAAAACCGCAAUACUUGGUAGAGCGCGUUGCUGACAUCCUUCUUUCAUUUCUUAAACCCACUUGUAUCAAGUAUUGUUAUGUAAUUGUUAUGUAUUGGACCAUCUCCUUGUCAGUGAUCAGGACAAUCGGAGAACAGACGACUGACAGCCGACCUGGCCCAUACAGACGAUCUUUAUAA